UAUAGUCAAUUUGAAUAUUUAAAGUGGCACCAAUAAAUUCUCUCCCUUCUUCUCCAAACAAAUUGGCACAAAGAAAAUGGCAAACGAUGCUGAGAACGAGAAAUCCAUACCUGACAGCCAAGGCCACAGCGACGGACAAGUUACAUUGCUAAGGAGGAACAUACUAUUGUCUACAAUGAUGAUGUUUGCAGCAAUUGAAAUCUUGGUUUUCUUUACAUUAAUUACUAACAGCAGGAUUACUAAAGCACUGCUUUGCAUUGCUGCUUUUAUGCUUCUUCAUCGUUUUAAUAUGAUUCUGCUCGCCAUCUUCUGCUUCUUUCAACUUGAUGAGUUUCUCCAACAAUUUCUCUCGAGUCACAUUGAUAAAAGAAGCAUCUCGAAAUGCAUCGAAAUAAUCACCAUCGUUGAACUGGCGAAACUCUUUGAACGUGUGAAAGUUUUGACUGCUGCAAGUUCCUAUAGAAAGUGGAGAGCUCUCGCCGCCAGCAAGUGAAAGAUCAACUUCGGCUUGGGUUUGCUAUAUAUACUUCUCCAAGAUGUAAUCAAACUAUAAAUGGUGACAAUAUUCUCCUGAUAAUAUGCCUAUGGUGCUGGGGCUUGGACUUGGCUUUCAUAAUACUGUCAUGUAUACGAAUAAAUUCUUAUAUAUACUUUAAUGUAAAAAUUAUUUCUUUA